AGCUAACCCUUAUUGUUCUAUGAUUAUCACGUCAAUGUCAUUUUCAAUUUCAUUGACAAUGGUACACGUACAUACAUUCCCCCAUUGAAGUUUGAACCGUAGAUUACAAGUUUUUUUAAGAGUUCUUUCAAAAAUCGGUAUGGAAAGCUUGCUUUGUGAUGAGUCGUGGCUAUCUAGCCCAGCAACACCUAUUCAUCAACAUGCAACUAAGCACCACAGUUCAGAGAGCUACUAUGGUUCGUUUUAUACUACUAAGGAAGAUUGUGAGCAGGCCCUUGCUAUAUACCUAGAGAAGGAGAUGAGUUACAUGCCUGAAGCUAGUUAUAUUGAGCAUCCCCGGUCGAAAAAUUUGAUCUUUGCUAGAUUUAGAGCUAUUCAAUGGCUUUUCAGGUCCAGAAGUCGCUUGAAUCUCUCUUUUGAAACUGCUUUUCAUGCUGCAAGUUAUCUUGAUCGAUUCAUAUCUAUGCAUCAAUGCAAUGGACGGGAACAUUGGAUGGUUGAAUUGUUGUCUGUUGCGUGCUUAUCUAUUGCCUCCAAGUUCAGUGAAACCUGCACUCCUAGCUUGCAUGAAAUUCAGAUGGAGAAUUUGGACCAUUCAUUUCAUCCAAGCACUAUCCAACAGAUGGAAUUGAAGCUGCUAGAGGCACUAGGAUGGCGCCUUGGCUCUACAACGGCUUAUUCUUAUGUUGAACUGUUGAUGUGGAGUACUGACUCUUUGAAACCUCACCUCCAUGAGGAAUUUAUUACCCGAGUAACCGAGUUACUUCUUGGGGCUAUUUCAGAUUCAAAAGUGUUGGAAUUUAGGCCAAGCGUUAUUGCAGUAUCUGCACUUUGGUGCAGUCUAGACGAGUUACACCCAUCAACAUUCGAUGCCUACCUAACCUCUCUGACAAGACACUUCAAUCAAUCUCAAAAGGAUGAUCUAGUGAGGUGCCAUAUGAUCAUGGAAGCUCAGCAGGUUGGUUCUUUGCAAAACUUGAUAGAUAAUGAUAAUGGGAACUAUUAUGACUGCCCUUCAAGUCCCACCACAGUAUUGCCGAAGCAGCCCAUUGACAUAUGUGAUUGCAGUUUUAAUUUCUCUUUCUUGAAGAUGCGUGGUCCAAAUGUCAAUCUCAAUUCAAGUAGGAAGAAAAGAAAGAGAGAAGAAGACUAAAAAUCAAAUGGUUAUCAUGGUCUUUUAUAUGAUUGUGAUUGUUGUGCCAAGAAGAGUUAAAAUUGUAAGAUAAUAAUAAUCAUAUAACAAAGGAAUUUAUAUAAUUCAAUAGAUAAAUGACCACGGAAGCAGUUUGGUCAUCUCCUUCUCCAUGU